UUUGACUUGAUUAGCUCUUGGAAUUAUGCAGAUCAUAGUGAGGUUCAACAGUUACAGAAAGGGAAGGAAAUGAUGUGGCCAGAAAGAAAUGAUUGCCACCACUUGGAUGUGGCCAUUCAAUCGCCGGGAGGAAUGGUGGUGAGUUCACCAAGGACGAACUCGCCGCGAGCAGAAAGCAAUGAUGACCACGGUUCUUUUAAUAUAGAGGAUCUUCUCAAAGAUGGGUUGGAUGUGCCCAUUCAAUCGCCGGGAAGAAUGGUGGUGAGUUCACCAAGGACAAACUCGUCCGAUGAUUCCCUGGGAAGUUUUGACCCGGAUAGGCUGUGGGGUGAUAAUGAGUAUAGUGUGGUUCAAAAGUUGCAGAAUGAAUCAUACUGCUGUUGGCAUGUUGCCUGGACUUGAAUCAGGUUGCAGGGGAAGGGUGAUGCAACACACCCCAUCAUAUGAAUGCCGAAUUCCUGCAACGAAUGAUGAGACAAACUUUGUUGGGUUAAAAAGAAUUGAUGCCAUAUCAAACAGAUCAAAGGAAAAAGGCACCACCUGCGGGAGGCAGCAGAAAUAUAGCGGAAUUACCCUCGAGGCUAUUGAACAAGUGCUUAAUAAGACACGUGAUGUUGCUGCUCAAACUCUUAAUGUUAGCCCAUCCACAUUGAAGCGAGCAUGUCGGAAAUUUGGCAUUCCUAAAUGGCCAAUUCAGAAGAGGAAAAGGGGCAAUUGCCCUCCCAACCCAAAACAAGCUACUAAGAAGCGUAAAGGAAGUGAACAAUGUCCUGCAGUUGCUCUGCCUCCCGAACAAGCUGCCACACCUACACUCCAAGGCAAUAGCACCAUGUCCGUAAAGGUAACCUAUAAGAAUAAUACCGUAAGGUUUGCGCUCUCAUCCUCCUCAACGAUGAAAUAUUUAGAGGAGCAACUGGAGACAAGGUUUGAAAUAACACUAGACAAUUUCUUUAUCAAGUAUCAAGAUGAAGAAGAUGAGUGGAUUACACUAACGUGUGAUUCAGAUUUGAGGUACUGUAUGGAUGUGUUAAGUUCAUCUGGCAAACUUGUGAUCAGAAUGAUGGUCACUCCGAAAUCUGACUGAUCCAUAGAUGCAGCAGGACUCCAGUCUUUCUUUGUUCCCUUAUGUUAUUUCCACCUGCUUGCGUUUCUUUUUUUGAUUAU